AUGGUGAAUGCUGUCAAUGACGGGCCGCUCGGAGCACAAACCAGUGCUACUCAGUGCCGGUCCCAAGCCCGGAUAAAUGGGGAGGGCUGCGUUAAGAAGGGCAUCCGGCGUAAAAAUUUGCCAAUACAAACAAUAAUGCGGAUCAUAAAUGACAGCACCAUACCGAAUCGGUCGCGGCCCGGGUUACCAACGACCGUCUACGGCGCUGUGCCCCAACAGGGCGCCGGUGGACAGUAUGUGACUGUUGGGAGGAAGAGGAGAAGAAGAGAAGGAGGACGGGUUCGGAAGAAGCAAGAAAGAAGGAAGGACAGAAAAGUAAAGAUAAAAGUUUGGUCUUUAAAUGUUGGCACCAUGACUGGUAAAGGGAGAGAAAUGGCUGACAUGAUGGAGAAAAAGAUAGAUGUCCUCCGUGUACAGGAAACUAAAUGGCGGGGAAACAAAGUGAGGCUGAUUGGAGGAAGUUGCAAGUUGUUGUAUUAUGGCGUGGAUGGAAGGAGAAAUGGCAUUGGAGUAAUAGUAAAGGAAAAGUAUAUCAACAGUGUACUGGAAGUAAAGAGGGUAUCUGAUAGAGUAAUGAGUUUGAAGAUGGAAACUGAAGCGAUACAAAUAAAUAUGAUCAGUGCAUACGCCCUACAGGUGGGGUGUGAGUUGGACGAAAAGGAAUGA